AUGAAUGACUAUUCACUAUUCACCAAAUCUACCUCUACUUCUCUGACAGUCCUAGCAGUGUAUGUUGAUGAUAUUUUACUAGAUGGGGAUGAUGUUGUUGAAUUAGACAGUGUGAUGCUAUUCUUUGAUCAACAAUUCAAGAUUAAGGAUUUGGGGACAAUCCAUUAUUUUCUUGGUUUGGAGGUCACCAAAUGUCCUCAUGGCUACAUCAUCAGUCAACAAAAAUUCACAAAUGACUUGCUGGCAGAGUUCCAUUGCAAAAAUAUUUCCCCUAUUGUGACUCCUCUUGAUGCUUCUGUCAAGUUGUAUGUUGACAUGGGUGCCCCUUUGACUGAUCCCAGCAUAUAUAGGAGAAUUAUUGGCAAACUCAACUUUCUCAAACAUACAAGGCCUGAUUUAUCUUUUUGUGUUCAACAUCUAAGUCAAUUUCUUCAGGCUCCUCAAGUUCCCCAUAUGUUUGCUGCCCUUCAUGUGUUAAGCAAGAAGCACCCCACAGUUUCAUUGUCUUCUACUAAAGUUGAAUCCAGGGCUCUUAGAAAGGUGGUUGCAGAUGUCUCAUGGUUGGUCCGGGUACUGGGUGAUCUUGGUUUACAUGUUUCUGCCCCUGUUCCCAUCUACUGUGACAGUCUUGCUGCUUUACACAUUUUCAAGAAUCCAGUCUUCCAUGAACGGACAAAGCAUAUCGAAAUUGAUUGUCACUAUGUGCGUGAAAGUCUCCAUUUUGGGCUGAUAUCUCUGCAUUUUGCGCCCAGUUCUACCCAGCUUGCUAAUAUUAUGGCAAUGCCUCUUCCUAGGCCCUUCAUCAUUCUUUACUUGGCAAGCUUGGUGUGUUAUCACCCCCAAGCUUGA